AUGGGGUUUAACAGGAUACAACUCACUCAAUAUUUUGACAACUUAGAGGCCAUUAUGAAGAAGUACAAUUUUUCUCCCAACCAAAUUUUCAAUAUGGAUGAAACGGGGGUACAAACGGUCCCAAAUAUACUUCCAAAACACGUAGCCCCCACGGGAAAGAAAGAAGUCGCUAAGGCUGUAGCAGCGGAGCAAGGCCAAACAGUAUCCGCCGUAAAAAGAGAAAAUCGGCUUCUUAUUAAGGGUGGUCCAUUAGGAUGCGAGAUGGCUGUAACCGAUAAAGGGUACAUGAACACUCCCACUUUCAUCAAAUGGCUGAACCAUUUCAAAAAGUAUGCCAAACCAAGUGACAGCAACCCCAUUUUACUAAUACUUGACAAUCAUGUGUCCCACACAAGCCUGGAAGCAGUUUCUUUCGCAAAAUCAAACAAUAUUCACCUCCUUACUUUGCCACCUCACAGCAGCCGCAAAACCCAACCUCUUGACCGCUGUAUAUUUCGACCACUGAAGGCUUAUUACGAUGCUGCCGUAGAUUCAUGGGACGUUUCUCAUCCAGGAGAAACCUUCAGCGUUUACAACGUUGCUGAAUCAUUCAAGAUAGCUUUUGAAAAAGCAAGCUCGGUUGAAAACGCAGCUCAAGCUUUCAAAACUACUGAACCAGACCAACUACAGUCACUCGAGGAUAUUGCCAGUGAUAGGGAAAAUUAUAGCCAACACGAGUCCAAAUCUGCUAGACCAGAAAACGGGCCACAUGCUCACCAAACAAGAUUUUGGAGAAAAGAUAAGGAUUCGCUUCCCGAGAAGAGAAGAAUGGGAAGGCAAUCGAGUAAUGGACACUCAAGAGAUAGCAGUCUACACAAAUGCUUCCGUAACUUCAGGAGACACAGAUAUAGGCAUCCUCGCAAAGGAACUAGGCACCCGAAGAUCUCUAAGGCUAUCGAAUGGUUGUAA